ACACUCACACACACACUCACACACACACUCACACACACACGCACACAAUGACACAGACAGAUCAAAACCGACAGGGAAACACAAGAAAGACGAUGAAGGUUGAUAAAGGGGGGAAAUUAUAAGUGAUGAAGUGUUAAGGUUCAAAGGAGUGUGUGGGAGGAGGCAGAUAAAGUUCUGGUUCAAAGCCAGUUUGGGUGGAGCUGAAUGUAUUGCACUCAUGUACUUUAUUGUUUAACUGGAAACGAAACUGAAAUCUAGCAAUGCUAGACUUGCCUGUAGCCUGUGUUUCUAUAAAAACUCUUUUCCUUUUCUAGGGAUUCCUUCAUUAUUGGUGAAUGUCGUCUAGGGCCAGCACACGUAUGAAAAAAGAGGAAUUAUGAAUUAGUUUUUUAUUUGGUUGGGUUUCUAUCUUUCAGAAAUCAUCCUGUGGCAAGUCUUUCACGUGAAGCAUGGAAUGUUGUUGGGCUACCUGCUCUAGGGUGGGACAGACAGACAGGUUGAAACAGUUGUCUCACUACAUAGUCAGACUUAUUUCCUCAUUACAGUAAAUCACAGCAGUUAUGGUGUCAAGUGUCUUGUCCAGUCUUGUGUGCGUUUUCUGUGUGAUCCUGCUUCCAGCUGUAAAAGGUGAUUAUUGUAACAGCUACUGGGACAAGCAAGGUCAAUACCAUGAAGAUCAACAAUGUUUUAUCAGUUCGUUCUGCUGUGGAGACUGCUACAAUAAGUACUGCUGCUCUGAAAAGAAGCACCGUCUAACUGAAGAAAAACAAGCCAGAUGUACUGAAGGGUACAGCAGUGCGAGAAAAAAGAUUCCCAUGAUUCUCGGAAGCGUCUUAGGAUCUAUUGUUCCCAUCAUCUUCUGUGUGUGUCUCAUCAUCUGCUGCGUGGCUCCCUGCUGCUUUUGCUACAAGAAGUGUCGAAAAGGACAAAGGCAAACUGUGAGAAACGGCGUCACUGUAGUCAACGCACCCCAGCAGCUACCUUCCCCCUCUGGAUAUCAGCCUGCCCAUCCAGGUUACCAGCCUGUACCUGUCCAUCCUGGAUAUGGAGGACUGCCCAACCCUACAGCACCACCACCCUCAUACAUGGAAGCCACCAAUCCAGCUUACUCUCCAGUUGCAUUCAAUCAAGGACAGCCGAUGUACCCCAUGCCCAGCCAGCCGUAUGCACCGCCAAAUGAAUUUGUACAGCUACCCUACAACCCUGCUUAUGGCCCCAACCCAUAAAUGGUUUGCUGUUGCAUGUUUUAAAACCCACCAUUCUCAUGUAAAACAGUGGAAGGAUGAUAAAUUUCAAGUCACAUAUCUUAAAUCUACAUUUUCUAUAUUUAAACUAAAACUAGCAAUUGCUUUAUCUCGCUGCCACUGGUUUUUACGGGUCAUGAAAAGUGUUGAAUGUUGAAAAAUACUGAAUUUCAGGAAAUAAAUACUAAACCAUACAUUUCAAGUCAGAAGAAUGAAAAAACAAACAAACAAAAAAACCACAAGCACAACAGAUAUUUAGUCUUAUUAGUCUAUUUAGUUUAGUAUUUUAGUGAAUCUGUAUUUAUUAACGAUUCAGAUCCAUCCAGAUAUUAUUUACUAACAUUGCUGCACUCUUUAUUGGUUUAUCCUUAAGUUUGAGAUUUCCCUCCACCUUAAAAAAGGCACCUAAACUGUGGUGUCAUCAGAACAGCUGCAAUUAUGAUAAAAUACAAUUUCAAUUAACCCCAAGUGCCACUAGAGGUCGCCUCUGUGUCACUUUUAUUUUGUAUAGAAAGGGCAAGCACUGGGAUAAGGUAGGCUGCAUGCUGAUGCUACCAAGUCUUGUUAUCAAGUACAUUGUUUUACAUGCAAGACAAUAAGCGUACGCCUGUGUUUUGUUUCAUUGUGAUUAAAUAUAGUGGCUGAGGUCAAGGAUUGAAAUCAUCAUCAGGUUUUUAAUCUCAUGAUGUGGUUGGUUUUUCAUUUGUUGGGAUGCUUGAAGAGGUGCACUGGCUGCAAAUUCUGUUGAAUAUAAUACAUGGUCACCCUCUGUUGCCUUUAAUUACUGUAAUAAAACUAUUUUCUCAAAAA